AACGGACGCUAACGGUCGUCACCCCAAAUUGUGGGAGAUCGCGAUAAAAUUUUUACAUCGAGUGUGCAAACCAUUUUUUUGCGGAACAAUUUAUUAUUGUGAUUGUUAAAGCGAAUGGUUUUUUUUUUCUUUAUUUAUUUUAUAAAUUGUGAAGCGUGUAAAUAAUUAAUGGAGUAAGAUUUUUGAAUUAUUAAUUGCAAGUGAAGUGACAGGAUAGUGGUGUAGUGGAAUAAUAUUUUUCUAGUGGAUUUUUCAGAGAAUGCGACAUCCCCCACAACUUCCAAAACUCAACAAAAGAAGAUAGCAGUCACCUAAAAUGACUAUUAAUUUAAGUAUAUCAUGUAAAGUGCUACAAAUGUGACCACGAAUUAGUGCCAAAACAAUGCUUUGCUGUAGAGAACUUAAACUACUCUACGCCACUAUAGUUCUGUUACUUGAAGCCGAGUUGUUAGUGAACAUAGGUGCUAUGGAGUCGAAAAGGUCUUCCAUUUUGGUUGCGCAAAACGCGGAUGACUUAAAGUCUUUAGAAUUAUGCACGACAAGGAAUCAACAGCGGCUUGGGAGCGUGUUUGGAAAUUUUACAAGGCACCACAAAAAAGGUCACAGGAGAAGAACAACAACAACUUCUCCAACCCCAACAACGGUAACAUUCUCAACAACAAAUGGAGAAGAAUCAACUCAAGUGUACACAACAACGGAAUAUGUUCUAACAACAUAUCCGAAGUUGCCGAAACCACUUCGCCUCUCCUCGCUAUUAGAUAAAGAAUAUAAUGAUGAUGUACAUAAUAUAGAUAACAUUAUAGAUGAAGUAACUUUAGGUAGAGGGAGACACACUAAACACGAUAGAAUAACAGACAAAGAAAUAAUACAAGAACUAGAAGAAACUUCGCUAUCUAAGACUAUGAAUAAAGUUAAGAAAAUGUACAGAGAUUCGACGGGUUCGACCGUUAAUAAAUUAAGUGGGAAAGGCGGUAAAGCUGGUAUAUUUUUGACUGAAAACUGUACAACAGUUAUAGCUCAAAUAGGAACGACAGCAAUACUGCAUUGUGAAGUUAGUGAUAUCACUGAAAAUACGGUGACAUGGAUAAGAAGAAAAGACUACUCUCUGCUAUCAGUCGGGUUGGUCACGUACAGUGCUGACAGCAGAUUCUUCUCAGCUCACGGCCGACAUGUAAAGGACUGGGCGUUACACAUUAGAUUUGCAACGUCAGCCGAUGCGGGGUACUACGAGUGUCAAGUUCCCACGCACCCUCCUACCAGUAUUUUCUUCAAGCUAGUUCUUGUUGCGGCCUACGCGGAGAUAGUGGGAGAGUCAGAGAAGAUUAUCCACGAAGGAUCGAUGCUGAGGCUCGUCUGUGUGGUCAAGAGGUCCACGGAGCCGCCAUCUUACGUCUUCUGGUACUUCGAGAACAGAAUGAUCAACUAUGAUUUAAAUGGCGUAAGUGUCCACAAUGGGCGUCAAACCAGUGAGCUGGUGAUUGGCAAAGCAGAACCCCGUCACGCUGGUAACUACACUUGCGUGCCUGCAAAUGCUAAAGCUGCUUCGGUGACUGUUCAUGUUGUACAAAGUGAAACUCCAGCAGCGAUGCAACAUGGUAAUAACUCAUCAGGGGCCUCUUCCCAAACUCAUCUAAUCGUACAUUUACUGGUAGUACUGUUUGCUCUAAGAAUGCUCUCCGUACAAAAUCAUCAGGAGUUUGGAUAACGUCACUUGUAUUAAAAGUAGUAUGUAUUGUAUAAUUGUAACUAAUUUUCUGUGUAUAAACAAUACUCUCUGAUGUUAAUUGUUUUCAGCUGUAGGUAUUUCAAUAUUGUCAAGUCUGAGAAGUCCUAAAUUGCUAGGGUUUUUAAUUAAGGACUUGGGUUGGUUAAAAAUAUAAGCAUUAUUUUUUUUAAAUUGACAAUUUGUUCUACGAGAUAACAAAUGAAAAUAAUGAUUUUAAUAAUUUGAAGUAAAAACUUCUCUUAACAAUUUUCUUAAACCGUUCAAUAUAGUUUAAGUAUUUGUUUUGAAGCCCACCAUAUGCAAAUGUUUAGCCAAUUCGUAGAAUCUGAUACCGUUGUACCUAUAGCUAUAUAUAAUGAAUUGGCAAUAUGCCAUACCGUAUCAACAUUUUAACAAAUUCUGAAAUUGAGGUUAUUCAAAAUGCGAUAACUGAUAGCACUUAAGUUAUUUGGAACUUUUAUCAUUAAUUUUUGAUAUGAAGUUAUGCGCCGGUUUAUCCCAAAGUUACUAUUUAUAAGUAUAUAAGGUAUUUGAAUGAAGCACUUUUUUAUAGUAAGUUGUUUUAUAAGCUCAAGUACACACAUUUUAGAAUUGUAUUUGCCUUAAUUUGCCCCAAAAUGUAAUUCAAAACAGCAAAACUGUUCAAGCAAGUCCAUACAGAUAAAAAACUUGGGCUAAGACUAGUCUACAAAUACAUAAAUGAAUACGUCUUUUGAUUCACGAAGAAUUGACGAACAUAAAAGUAAGUAUCUCCAUUACAAGUCGAAUAUUAAUAUCAGUAACGUUAAUAAUACGUAAAAGGAAAUACCAGGACCACAGCGGGAGACGAAAGUCUAAGAGAACAAACACACUACAAACUUUUAGUCGGCCGAUAGUUUGUUUGGGCUCUUAAGUAUGGAGAUGAUUGGUAGUACGCACAUUACAAAGAUCACGUAUUUAACCGGUACCGGACCGACUGAAGACAUUCAUCAUCAUCAUCAUCAUCAUCUCAGCCAUAGGACGUCCACUGCUGAACAUAGGCCUCCCCCUUAGAUCUCCACAGAUACCGAUAUCUGAAGACAUUGAUUGGAAGAUUUUCGUUAAAUAAAAUUACUUCUGUCGGGACAACUGUCGGCCGACUGUUUAGUUAGCAGUUUGUGGGUACUCUUAUUGAAGCGAAAAGCAAUACUUUUAUGAGAUUUUUUCUUCUCACGAGUCAGACGAACUAAGUUAUUAUAUUCUUUUGUAAUUUCUUGUGUGUUUACUUGUAUGAGAGAUGACUGAAGCUUUUCAUAUCUGUUAUGAUGGCUGUUACUGUAUUGUGAAUAAAACAUAUGGUUUAUAUGUCAAUAGGAUGUGCUUUGUGACGUUAUCUUCCUAAAAAUGCGAAGAAUAGAGCAAAACUGUUUUUCUAAGGUUUUCACUCUGAGAUGAGAAUAUGGGAUGAGUAAUUGAGCAAAUUGAAAGAAGUUGGUGUCAUAUCGGCCUAGUGCCAUAUUUUGCUGAACAUAAUCGACUUUUCUACCAAAAAAUCCCAUGCUGAGAUAUCAUUUUAAAAUCAUUGGGAAAUAUAAUUUUGUCAACACUUAAUCCAUCGUUAAAGAUGGGUCAAAUUCUAGACUUAUUUUUACUUUUAAGUUAUUGGUUUAGAAGUUUUUACUCCUGAUGCAAUAUGAAUAUAAACGGUACUUUCUAGUAAGUACAUUAUUGUACUUACAACGAAUACGUAUUCAUUAUUAAUACAGUAGAAACUGUCCGACUAUUAUGAUGACGUUUACAGCCCUCUCCGAACAUAUUUGAGAAGGAAAUAGCACGUUUACUGCACUCAAUUUAUUAUGUUGCUUUGUGUAAUAAUAUAUGUGUCUCUUUUAUAAAGAAAAUAUAUAUCAGCUGUUUUUCGCUUUUUCACCCAUGUCUCUGGAGUAAUAGUUUCCAGAAACAGCUAAAAAGUAGCCUAUGUCCUUCCUCAGUCUCAAGUCGAGAACUGUAUCAUUUAUUAUACAAGUAUUUCAAAAAAUGAUGUUUUCAUAUGUGUAACAAAUAAAAUAAUGACAAUAGAUUUUAACGAAAAGUACAAAUAUUGCUUUGGUUAAACCGUAAUUAUAUUUGUACACUUUAUUACAAAUGAUAUCCAUUUAUUAAUUCACAAUAACAAAUAUUAUCAUGACAUUACAUUUUAUUAGCUUAAUGAUAUCGGUAACAUUGGCUUUUAAAGUAAUUAUAUUAUAUUUAUAUUAUUAUGUACCAACAAAAUUUUAUGUAUUUUGUAAUCACUGCUAAUAACCACUAUGUAUAAUAAUUUCAUAUUGUUCCAAAUAUUUCAUACCUACAGCUGAAAAAUACGUUAAAAAAUUAUCAAGGUUGAUAAAUAAAAAUUAAUAAAAAAGUAUACCAAUUGAGUACAAUAAUGUUAAAUGUAAAUAAAAAUAAUGUGAAAUAUAUUCUUACGUAUGUAAGUAAGUGAUGUAUAAGAAACUGUAAUUAUCUGUCAUUUGAAAUUAAGAAUAAAUAACGAUUUUGAAUUUAACGUGCCAA